AUGAGGAACUGGUGGCUGAAGUCCGCGUGGGAGGAUACGACUGCACCUUGGUGCCGUUUGAUGCUGGCUGUAGACGAUUUCCUGCUGGCCGCUGUCUAUCUAUCUAUCUAUCUAUGUAUCUAUCUAUUCUGUUCAUAUCUAUCUAUCUAUCUAUCUAUCUAUCUAUCUAUGUCUGUUCAAUUCUAUCUAUCUAUCUAUCUAUCUAUGUCUGUUCAUAUCUAUCUAUCUAUCUAUCUAUCUAUCUAUCUAUCUAUCUAUUUCAGCCUAUUCCCAUCUAUCUAUCUAUCUAUCUAUCUAUUUCAGCCUAUUCUCAUCUAUCUAUCUAUCUAUCUAUCUAUCUAUCUAUCUAUCUAUCUAUCCCUGUGUGUUCAUAUCUAUCUAUUUCAGGCUUCUGUUCACAUCUAUCUAUCUAUCUAUCUAUCUAUCUAUCUAUCUAUCUAUCUAUCUAUCUCAGUCUGUUCUUUUAUCUAUCUAUCUAUCUAUCUAUCUAUCUAUCUAUCUAUCUCAGCCUGUUCCAAUCUAUUUAUCUAUAGAUCUAUCUAUCUAUCUCAGCCUGUUCCCAUCUAUCUAUCUAUCUAUCUAUCUAUCUAUCUAUCUAUCUCUUGUUUGCAUUUCCUUAUAAAAUCCUUUUCCUUCUCGUCUUUAUUACUUCUCCCUCUUCCCCUUCCCUCCUUUUCUCUCUCACUCCCCUCCCCCCUCUCUCUCUCUUUCCAUUUCUUUCUCCCUUUUACUUUACCCAUCCGGUCUCCCCUUCCAACCCUCUCCCCGCUCUUUGACUGUUGUUCUUCUCGUCUCCUUCUCUGCGUCAGAUCUCAAUUCCGCUCUGUGUUGUUAAACACUAAACCAGACAAACUUGUCAAAGAAGCUAAAUUCUGA